AUGCGCGACUGCAAACCUAUUUCUACUCCUAUGGCUACUUCUCCCCCAUCGGACUCAGGGGGUGCUCUUAUGGAUGAUCCUACUCGAUAUCGGUCUAUUGUGGGUGCCCUUCAGUAUGUGACCCUGACUCAGCCUAAUGUGGCAUUUUCUGUUAAUCGGGUCUACCAGUUUAUGCAUGCCCUUAUUGAUUCUCACUGGGCUAUGGUCAAAUACAUUCUUCGCUAUUUACGGGUUACCACGACUCAUGGUCUACUGCUUCAACGCUCCUCCGCUCAUUCUCUCCAGGAGUUCUCUGAUGCUGACUGGGCCAGCAGUGGGUCUGAUCAUCGCUCCAUGGGAGCUUAUGCGAUAUUUUUGGGCCCUAAUUUGAUCUCUUAG